CACGUGCCUCCUCUUUACCACCCCCAGGCUCAAGCGUACCGCAUUGGCAUCGGUAACGAACAAGGAAAACCAACUGUGGAAGCGCUGCUGCAACCGUUAUUAUCAAUAAACCAACUAAAUAUUAGAAAUUGCAAAGCGCAAUUUAGAGUAAUCCUCUGCGUAAUAAAUAGUUUUCCUUCAGAAAAAUCGUGUAUCCAGAUCGGACGUUUUCGUCGAGCUAAAGAAGAGAGUGCGUUAUUAACAAGACGCAGAGACGGAGCGCCGACCUCUGACGGUGACAUGAACCUGGGGAUGAUCAAGAAGUGGAGAUGAACAACUGAACAACCAUCAGGGCUUUAUCAAACCACUGUUUGUACCAUAGCCUCGUUUUAUUCAUGUACAGAAACACAUCUGCAAACUAAAGUUGUUGACUAUUUAUUGUAUUUGAAUUAGAAGAAAAAAAACCCGUCACCGACUAGAUAAACCAGACAGAGGAAGCAACAAUGGCACAUUUAAUUCGAAGCAAGUUUCAAAAUAAACUGUCAAAUGCGGCAACUUCCAUGUCGAAUAAAUCCACUGCGAAGGUGAGCGGGAUGAUGGCCAGGAUGGGCUUCCAGGCCGCCACAGACGAGGAGGGACUGGGCUUCGCCGCAUGCGAUGAUUUGGAUUACGACCACCGGCAAGGACUGCAGAUGGACAUCAUGAAAUCGGAUGAAAUGGGUGGUGGAGACGCUGGAGAAGGGAGUGGAGAGGGUGGCAUGGCUGGAGGAGAAGACGGAAUGGCGACUGGGGACAGCCACUACCAGAGAGAUGGCACCGGACCCCCGCCCUCCGGUUCUAAAGCCUCAGGUCUGGGCGAAGAAGAAAAAUCACCAAAAAUCACCGCUUGGGAAGCGGGCUGGAACGUCACCAAUGCAAUCCAGGGGAUGUUCGUUCUGGGUUUACCAUACGCCAUUCUCCACGGGGGCUACCUCGGACUGUUUCUCAUUAUUUUCGCCGCAGUGGUAUGUUGCUACACGGGGAAAAUCCUCAUCGCCUGCCUGUACGAGGAGGACGAAGACGGUCAACUGGUGCGUGUGAGGGACACAUACGUGGACAUAGCCAACGCGUGUUGUCAGCCGAGGUUUCCAUCUUUAGGUGGUCAUAUCGUGAAUGUAGCCCAGAUCAUUGAGCUGGUAAUGACGUGUAUCCUGUACGUUGUUGUGAGCGGUAACCUGAUGUACAACAGCUUUCCCACGCUUCCUAUCUCUCAGAAGUCCUGGGCCAUAGUGGCCACCGCCGCCCUGCUACCCUGCGCCUUCCUCAAGAACCUCAAGUCCGUCUCAAAAUUCAGCUUGCUGUGCACUAUCGCGCACUUCGUCAUCAACAUCCUGGUCAUUGCCUACUGCCUCUCCAGAGCGCGAGACUGGGCCUGGGACAAAGUCAAAUUCUACAUCGAUGUAAAGAAGUUUCCGAUUUCUAUUGGAAUCAUUGUGUUCAGUUACACCUCUCAGAUUUUCCUUCCGUCGCUCGAGGGGAACAUGCAGAAGCCCAGCGAGUUCCAUUGCAUGAUGAACUGGACCCACAUCGCCGCGUGUGUCCUCAAAGGCCUGUUCGCCCUCGUGGCCUACCUGACUUGGGCGGAUGCCACCAAGGAGGUCAUCACAGACAACCUGCCCUCAACCAUCAGGGCUGUCGUAAACCUCUUCUUAGUGUCCAAAGCCUUACUGUCAUACCCAUUACCAUUCUUCGCUGCAGUCGAGGUUUUGGAGAAAUCCUUUUUUAAUGAACAAGAACGCACGUGGUUCCCAAAUUGCUACGGGGGCGAUGGACGCCUGAAAGCGUGGGGCCUCACUCUCAGAUGCAGCCUUGUGGUGUUCACGUUGCUCAUGGCCAUUUAUGUACCGCAUUUUGCCCUUCUCAUGGGUCUAACCGGUAGCAUGACGGGCGCGGGGCUGUGCUUUCUGCUCCCCAGCCUCUUCCACCUCAAGCUGCUAUGGAGAAAGCUGCUAUGGCACCACGUAUUCUUUGAUGUCGCUAUAUUUGUAAUAGGAGGCAUAUGCGCUAUCUCCGGUUUCAUCCACUCAAUGGAGGGACUCAUAGAAGCUUAUAAAUAUGGCAUAGAAGAUUAGCCAAGCAACAGUCUGCUGGAUAUAGAUGUUACUGCACAUCCAUCUUAAAGUGAAUAACUGAAAUCACCACUGAGCGCAGUCAGCCCAUGCUUACACAAUUCAUGCGAAAUAAAUGCGCGCACAGAAUGCAGUGCACGCACACAUUUUCGCGUGCUCAUUACACCCUUGCAUUGACACACACGCGUGCGCGCGCGGAGAGUGAGAGACACAAAAGUCACAAAACAUGACACACGAUAUGGACAAUUCAACUUGUAAUGUAUAGCCUAAAUAUGACUAAAUGAAUAUCCAUAUGUUUCAGUGGAGUGAAGGUUUACAAUAGUUCAAUCGACCUAAACAAAAUUGCUAAAUGAGCAAUGCGUCAUUUCAUCUCUCUAUGGAGGUCUCGUGCCACCUGGAGAGCCAUUUCAUCUCUCUAUGGAGGUCUCGUGCCACCUGGAGAGCCAUUUCAUCUCUCUAUGGAGGUCUCGUGCCACCUGGAGAGCCAUUUCAUCUCUCUAUGGAGGUCUCGUGCCACCUGGAGAGCCAUUUCAUCUCUCUAUGGAGGUCUCGUGCCACCUGGAGAGCCAUUUCAUUUGACAUUCACGUUUACAUUCUUAGAAAAAAAAGCUUCUGGAGAGAACCAAAAAGGGUUCUAUGCUUGCUUCAUGUAUGGCACAACUUAAGGUUCUAUAUAGAACCAACGUUGGUCUAGAACCCUAUAUGGAACCCAAGGGUUCUAUGUUGAAAAACGUUUGGUUCCGUGGAGAAGAACCCCUGGGGGUUCUGAUCAAAGAACCCUACAAAAUGGUGCUAUAUAGAACCUUUCGGGGUGCUAAGCAAUAAACCCCUUGUUGGUUCUUUCCAGAAGCGUUUAUUAUAGGGGUGCGUGUGGUUGUGGACUUUGACAAUUCGACGGCAUAAUGUGACUAAAUGGCACAAACGAAGCUGUACGUUUUGAUAUGUUGCCAUUGUCUUCUUCUAAAUUAUUUGCAAUAUUUGAAAUAUUGUAAUGUGGACCUAUCAUGAUGACAACUAAUAUAAUGGCAAUAAAGUAUAUCACCAAGACAGAAUAAAUAGAAUACUUUUGUUUGAUUUAUUUAACCUUUAUUUAACAAGCAAGUAGGUUAAGAACAAACUAUGAUUUACAAUGACGGCCUACACCUAUACAUAUCAUGGAUUAUGCCCAUAUAACGUGUUACUGAAUAUCUCAAAUAUCUUUACUGAGAAGUCAUUAUUCUCUCCAAGCGCUAUAAUGGAAACAGUAUGAUUAUUAUGGUGGUCUAAUUACAUGCACAGCUACUUUAACUAUGCAUUGAAUGUAUGAUAUUGAGACAGAUAAGAAAAUCAUUCUGGAGUUGGAAGUUGGAAAAGAAAACGGUGAUAACCAGAGUAAGGAAAGACGUGUUUUUGGAUAUUUGAAUGAAUAACCAUUAGCCUACAACAUAUCGUUAGGCUUACACUUACCUGUCGCACAUGACAUUGUGAGGGGAAAAAACGGCAAAUCCCCUUGAAGUCAAAAGCCAAAUCGUUAGCGUUCGGAGAACGGCGUUUUAGGACCACAAGUUCCAAAGUUAUUUGACCCAUAUUCGCCCUAGACAGAGGAAAAUACUGUCGCGUCAGUAAGAACACCCAACCCACGUGGAAUUCUGUCACUCUCAAUUCGAAAUUAUCCCCUGUUUCACAUUAUGCAUUUUAAUUGUAAACUAUUCAUGCGAUAUUAAUGUGAAUAAUUCGAGGUCCGGAAUCAAGUGUCUGAAUAACACACAUAUGAAGACAUCAUACAAAGAAGAACAUGUCCAUAAAGACAUUUUUCAUUCUGUGCAAUCCAACGGGUCACGUGGAAAUGUUAUAAAACCGUAUGUGUAGUGUUAUUGUGGUUUCAAAAAGAUGGAAUGUAGCCUAUAUCUCAUAAAUCGUUAUCAUAUACCGUGAAAAUGAAUAUUAAAGAAUAAAGAAAUACGUGAAAUUAUAUUGUAUACAUGUGUGUGGUUUUAUGUGAUGAAAACGAACACCGUGAGAAACAUGUAUUUUUUUUCUCUAUAAAUAGAAUAAAAUGUUUUAAAAAUG